AUGCGUGAUCAGAUUCAAGCUACAAGUUUGGGUACUACAAAGCUGUCGAGGGGUGUUCAGCAGCCACUGAGUGGCCGUGGUCAGGAUAGAGGUGGUAAUAGUUUGAACCGGGGUCAGAAAGCACAGGGCAAGGUGCUGGGCAUACUGAAGCGAGAUAUAGGAUCUACUCACUCCUAUAUAGCUUGUACUGUGUCUGAGACUCUGGGUGCCUUGGUUAAGAGCACUACGAGUGAGGUUACUGUACUGAGUCCAUUGGGGCAGUCGAUAAGGGUAAAUAAACUGUUCAGAGAUAUUCCUUUGGAGGUUCAAGGGGUUAUCUUUUUGGAAGAUUUGAUGGAACUUCCUUUUGGAGAAUUUGAUUUAAUACUGGGAAUAGACUGGCUGGUUAAACAUCGAGUGAGCUUGGAUUGUGCUACUAAAAGGAUGGUACUGAGAACUGUGGAGGAAAAUGAGGUAAUUGUAGUUGGGGAACGUCAGAACUACUUCUCGAAUGUGAUUUCUACAUUAAGGGCCGAGAAGUUGGUUCGUAAGAGAUGUGAGGCAUACCUGGCCUAUAUUAGUGUUUUAGAUUAUGGGGUUUCUUCUAUUAAAGAUAUCAGAAAGGUUAAAGACUUUCCGAAUGUCUUUCUUGAUGAGCUACCUAGGUUACUUUCAAAUCGUGAAGUUAAGUUUGGGAUUAAGCUCCUGCCUAGUAUAGCUCCAGUGUCUAUUGCCCCUUAUUGA